GCGAAGCAUGCUGGGUGAUAAAUUUGUUGAUGGCAACUGCAUAUAUUUGAACGAAAAUAGUCUAAGCUAAAUUUCCACGAUAUUUUAAACGUUGCGGCUUAAACCAUAGAAUACCAGGAUGCUUGGUGGCGUACAUUUAGUAGGACAAGAUGAAGACGAGGAUAUUUAUGGUGGAUAUAACGAAUAUGACCCGGCUUUUGAUACAGAGAAUCUCGAUGAAGACGAAGGAUUUCAACAAGCAAUAAAAACGAGCCAUGGACAUCGGCCAGGAGUGAAAACUGCCAAAAUUGUCCCUGUUACAGCGAAGGCAAAAGGGUUUGUUCCGGGCUCUUCCAUGGGAAGGCCGACCACAGGAAUUGCUGCUGACACCACCCAAGCUCGACCCAUGACUGCUGUGCGGUCUGCUUUGUACACAAGCAAAGGUAGUGCAGGGGGCGGCCAAUUUGACCCCUUUAACCAGACACGAGGACCCGCCCCACCAUUAGAGACUAAGGCAGAAGAUAGCCCUGAGGAGAAAGUGAAACAACUUGAGAAAAAGGUCAAUGAGUUGAUUGAGGAGAGUUGUUUUGCUAAUGCUGCCGGACAGCUUGGACUUGCAUUGGAAAAGGCGAAGGAAGCAGGCAGGAAGGAGAGAUCCCUUUGUAGACAACGAGAGCAGACUGCACUGAGUGAACAGAUCAACCUAGACCUUACAUACUCAGUGCUGUUCAACCUGGCCAAUCAGUACCAUGCGAACAAGAACUACAACGAAGCCCUCAACACGUACCAAGUUAUAGUCAAGAACAAGAUGUUCAGCAAUGCAGGGAGGCUCCGGGUCAACAUGGGCAACAUCUAUUUUGAGCAGAAGAAAUACCCACAAGCAAUCAAACAUUACCGCAUGGCGCUAGACCAAGUGCCGAAUACUCACAAGGAAAUGAGAAUCAAAAUCAUGCAGAACAUCGGCAUUGCCUUUGUCAAGAUGGGUCAGUACAGCGAUGCUGUUACAUCAUUUGAACACAUAAUGGGAGAGAAGGCAAAUUUCCAGACAGGCUUCAAUCUCAUCCUGUGCUACUAUGGACUGGGUGACCGCGAAAAGAUGAAGAAGACCUUCCAGAAACUACUGACCACCAACCUGGGGGUGGAUGACGAGGACAAAUAUGUUUCUACUCCUGAUGACGACCAACACAUGCUGAUUCUAGAAAUAAUCAGGAAUGACAAGCUGAGGAACAUUGAAAGAAAAAGAAAAUCACAGGCAGAGAAAUACAUCAUGAGUGCUGCCAAGCUGAUUGCUCCUGCUAUUGAGAAUACAUUUGCUGCUGGAUUUGACUGGUGUAUAGAGUGUGUGAAAGUGUCACCGUAUGUCGAGCUGGCUAAUGAGAUAGAGAUCACCAAGGCAGUGACGUACCUCAAGCAGAAAGACUUGUCCAAGGCUGUGGAGUGCCUCAAGGGCUUUGAAAAGAAGGACUCUAAGGUGCAAUCAACGGCAGCUACCAACCUGUCCUUCCUCUACUUUCUGGAAAAUGAACUAUCCCAAGCCGACAAGUAUGCAGAGCUUGCAAUGCAAGCAGACAGAUACAACCCAGCCGCCCUGGUGAACAAAGGCAACUGUCUCUACUCUCAAGGGGAAUAUGAGAAAGCACGCGAAUUCUACCAAGAGGCCUACAAUGUAGAGGCAACGUGCACAGAAGCACUAUUCAACUUAGGGCUUGUGUUCAAGAAGCUUGGCCAAUAUGAAGAAGCUCUUGACUGCUUCACCAAGCUUCACGCUAUUCUGCGUAACCACCCUCAGGUCCUUUACCAACUGGCAAACAUAUAUGAGCAUCUUGAAGAUAUGAAUCAAGCUACCGAAUGGUACAUGCAGUUGGUGUCAGUGGUACCAACUGACCCCUCCAUCCUUGCCAAACUCGGUGAGAUUUACGACAACGAGCAAGACAAGUCCCAGGCGUUCCAGUACCACUAUGAGUCUUACCGCUACUUCCCGUCCAAUAUCGAGAUCAUAUCGUGGCUCGGAGCAUACUAUAUCGACUCCCAGUUCUGCGAAAAGGCUAUACACUACUUUGAGAGGGCCGCCGUUAUUCAACCAAACGAAGUCAAAUGGCAGUUGAUGAUAGCUAGCUGUUACCGUCGGAGUGGCAACUACCAACAAGCCUUAGAAACGUAUAAGGGCAUCCACCAAAAGUUCCCGGAUAACGUGGAGUGUCUAAAGUUCCUUGUGCGGAUCUGUACGGAUCUCGGGCUCAAGGACGUGCAGGAGUAUGCGCAAAAGCUCAAGAAAGCCGAGAAAGCGCGAGAGUUGAAACAGCAGCGAGCUAACAGUGGUACAAGCCGUAAGGGUAGCGCUCGCAGCGGUAGUGCCAGUCGACCCGGUGCCGCGGGCUCAAGAAACAACAGCGCGGACAGCGAGGGACGCAUCAACAGCGGACAGAAUAGCCGGACAGGUAGCAGCACGGCUCCACGGUCCGGACGCGUCCGGGCCGCCUUAGCGGACACCGAUGAUUCAUACAGGAUAUCAAGCCCAAAGGAAGUCGACGCUACGUACGCUGACCCCCUGGGUGAGGCCCCGCCUCGUCCCAAGACAGCAGGCCGCCAGCGUCACCAGCCCCAAGAGGACGAGUUCGCCGAUGAAGAACUCGGGGACGACCUUUUGCCCGAAUAGACCCCACAGUUCUCCGAUGAAGAACUCGGGGACGACCUUCUGCCUGAAUAGACCCGACAGUUCGCCGAUGAAGAACUCGGGGACGACCUUUUGCCCGAAUAGACCCCACAGUUCUCCGAUGAAGAACUCGGGGACGACCUUCUGCCUGAAUAGACCCGACAGUUCGCCGAUGAAGAACUCGGGGACAACCUUUUGCCCGAAUAGACCCCACAGUUCUCCAAUGAAGAACUCGGGGACGACCUUCUGCCUGAAUAGACCCGACAGUUCGCCGAUGAAGAACUCGGGGACAACCUUUUGCCCGAAUAGACCCCACAGUUCUCCGAUGAAGAACUCGCGCCCAAACUUCUGACGGAAUACACCCGACAGUUCGCCGAUAAAGAACACACGCCUCGCCCGAGUAGAUCAGACUGUUCGCCUAGUUCGCUUAUUUCACAUACAAACCUGUCCUGAUAAAACAACUUUGUUUUCUUGGUCAUCAAAGAAUAGCAGUCAGAAUCUCGGGAGAGGUGGUAUAUCUAUCCCUAAUGGGUUGCCAUAUCUUUUAAAUUUAAAAAGUCUCCGUCAGCCGCCAUGUGCGAGAAUGCAGAUGGCCGUUUGAUACAUUUCUAUCGGCGAAUUGAGAAAGCGAGAAAGCGGCCGUGAUAUGUUCGAUUGGUAAAUGACUUUCAGUUUUGGAUGAGAACAAAUACAAAUAUGCGCUUGACUGUCGCUCUUUAACCCUUUAACCGGUAUGCUUUGUGUAGUGCCGAUCUGUGUGUAUAUAUUGUAAAGAAAAUAAAUUAUUGCAAACCAUUA